GGCAUGAAUCCUAGGCAGGGACAACAGCCUUGAUCUUUAGCCUUCUGGCCACACCAGUGUCAUGGAAGCUUUGGCGCAGGUGCUUUCAUGUCCAGUAUGUUUAGAGUUGUUCACACCUCCUGUGCUGGUCUUGACCUGUGCUCAUAACUUCUGCAAGAAAUGUCUGGAAAAAAUCCUUGCUCGCCAGAACUGUAGUCAUGUCAAUGGACAAUUCUCCUGCCCCAUGUGCAGAAAAAUCAUAUACUUGAGAGGGAGAGGAAUUGGUGGCUUGCCAAGAAAUAUUCUGGUGGAGAGUAUCCUGGAAAAAUUUAAGUAUGAGCAGGAAAAUCUACAUGCCAAAGAACAAGACCGGUUGUCUCAAAUAUGUGAAGAACAUGGAGAAAGUAUGAACUUGAUGUGUCUAACGGAUGAUAAACCAAUUUGUGCCAUCUGCAAGCUUUUUGGAGACCACGAGGCCCACAACGUAGCUAAAAUAUCUGAGGUUUAUGCAGAGAGGAAAGAAAGAUUAACCAAAGCUUUAGACUGGGUGUCUGAGCACUUUGAGCACGCUGAACAAGCAAGGAAGGAAAUUGAAAAGGCUAUCAAUGAUCUUACAUACACCACUGCUGAUAUCAAAGAUAUGAUAGAAAGCGUUGGGACUAGCCUACUGAAAGGGAUCCAAUGGAGAAUGGCUGAAUUGAAAGAAAAAUUAAGCAAAGACUAUUCUACAAAAGUAGAAAAGCUGCAGCUAAUGGCAAACGAACUUCAUAUUCCCAAACAGCUUUAUCAUCAAAUGAAAACUCUUUUGGAACAGCAUUCCAAUUCGGUGCAUUUUUUGCAAGAGGAUAAAAUGCUGAGAAGCAAGCUAGAAAAACUUGUAGAAGAAAAUUCUUUACUCCAAGACAUGAAAGAUUAUUAUAUUUGUACUGGGCAAUAUUUUAAAGACUUGAUGAAAGGUAUUCCUAUCACCAAUUAUAUUAUCUCUAAUACUGAUGAAUUAAUUGCAAGUUGCAAUGAGAUCCUUGAAGCAUUUAGCCCAGAAUGUCCUGGACAUUCUUUAUCCAGUGGAAUUUCUAAUGAAUCUCUUUGCCAAAAAUUACUGGACUUUUUUCAGAAAGCAAAUCAAAAAAACCAAGAUUCUGUUGAAAAUAAUUUUGAUGACAAUAAUACAUCAAGAACAAUGGAUAACUCACUGGAAGGAGAAUCAAAACCAGGGCAAAACAUGGUCUAACGUAAGCUUUAGAAAUUGGUACUUCACACUUAUAUGCAAGUUAAAAGUAAUUAAAAAUAAAAACAAAUGCCCUUGUAACAGGUGCUCACUACUGUUAAAUAAAUUAUUUAUGAAUGCAACUAUA